AGACGGUGGGUGACUAGGUGAGGACACAGUAGUACACAAGGAUAACAACAAAUUUUGUUAAAAACAGAAUAUAGAUAUACAGUAUAUAACUUAUUAUUUUAUAAAAAUAUAGAUACUUUUAUCAAUAUACAGAAUAGUGAAAAUACAUUAUCAUCAUCAUCAGUAGAGUUUGAAAGAAGAUAAGAGAUGGAGCUAAAGCCUGGCCUUUCUGCUUUUGUCACUGGUGGUGCCUCUGGAAUUGGUAAAGCACUUUGCAUUGCUCUUGCUGAAAAGGGUAUAUUUGUUACGGUUGUUGAUUAUUCAGAGAAGGGGAAGGAAGUUGCAUUGCUUUUACAAAAAGAAAAUCUCAAGCUUCAUUCGGGAUCAAAAUUCCCAUCUGCUAUCUUUGUGAAAUGUGAUGUCAGUAACAAGGGAGAAGUGGCUGCUGCAUUUGAAAAGCACCUGGAAACAUACGGGGGUUUGGAUAUCUGUAUUAAUUGUGCGGGUAUUGUAACUUCCGUGCCAUUCCAACAAGACCAAACUGAUGGUACACGCUCUUGGAGACAUGCCAUUAACGUGAAUCUUGUAGCUGUUAUCGAUUGCACCCACAGGGCGAUCAAAAUUAUGGAAGCUGCAAAGAAACCUGGUGUGGUGAUAAAUUUGGGUUCGGCAUCUGGACUAUAUCCAAUGAUCACUGACCCUAUCUAUUCUUCCUCCAAAGGGGGUGUGGUUAUGUUUACCAGAUCACUUGCUCCCUACAAGAAAAAAGGCAUCCGUAUCAAUGUGCUUUGCCCUGAGUUUGUUCGAACUGACAUGGGAGAAUUAGUGGAUAUGCGAUACAUUGACAUAAUGGGAGGUUUUGUUCCCAUUGAUACCAUCAUUAAAGGCACAUUUGAGCUUAUAACUGAUGAGAGUAAAGCAGGCGCGUGUUUAUGGAUUACUAAUCGACGGGGUUUGGAAUACUGGCCAACUCCAAAUGAAGAAGCAAAAUACUUGUUGCCUUCUUCAAAAAUGAGGAAAAGAUUUGCAUCAGUGACUCCUACGACGGUUCAUAUCCCUCAGAGCUUUGAGAAAGUAAUUGUUCAUACCCUGAGCAACAAUUUCCGUGGUGCUACAAGUGUAGUCCGUGCACCAUUAAGUUUACCAAUCAAAUCAGAUCAUGUGUUGUUAAAAAUCAUAUAUGCUGGAGUCAAUGCAAGUGAUGUAAAUUUUAGUUCUGGUAGUUACUUUAGUGGAAGCAAACAGGAAAUCAGCUCUCGACUUCCAUUUAAUGCUGGAUUUGAGGGUGUAGGAUUAAUUGCUGCAGUGGGUGAUGGGGUUAAAAAUCUAAAAGUUGGCACUCCUGCAGCAAUUAUGACUUUUGGAGCUUAUGCUGAAUUUGCCAUGGUACCCUCUAAACACAUUCUUCCGGUUGUGAGACCUGACCCUGAAGUUGUUGCCAUGCUUACUUCUGGCCUUACAGCAUCGAUUUCUCUAGAAAAGGCAGCUCAAAUGGAGUCAGGAAAGACUGUUCUUGUCACUGCUGCUGCGGGAGGGACAGGGCAAUUUGCAGUUCAGCUUGCAAAGUUAGCUGGAAACAAAGUGGUGGCAACUUGCGGAGGUAAAGAUAAGGCCAGGCUUCUAAGAGAUUUGGGAGUUGAUCGUGUCAUCGACUAUAAAGAAGAAUCUAUAAAAAAUGUUCUUAAGAAGGAAUUCCCAAAAGGUGUUGAUAUUGUUUAUGAGUCUGUUGGAGGCGAUAUGUUUGAUGUGUGUUUCAACGCAUUAGCAGUUUAUGGACGAAUGGUUGUCAUUGGAAUGAUCUCUCAGUAUCAGGGAGAGGAUGGAUGGAAACCACGAAACUACACAGGACUAUGCGAGAAACUCCUAGCAAAAAGCCAAACUUUGGCUGGAUUUUUUCUCACCCAAUAUGCUCAUCUGUGGCAACAACAUCUGGAUAGUCUGGUUCAUCUUUUUUCCUUGGGAAAACUAAAGGUUACAGUAGACCCUAAAAGCUUUGUGGGAGUUCAAUCUGUGGCUGAUGCAGUUGAAUAUCUCCAUUCUGGUAAAAGCGUUGGCAAGGUGGUUGUUUGCAUCGACCCGAGUUUCAGUCAACAAACGGCCAAGCUUUAAGCUUGUUAUUAUAGUAAUAUACAUCAUUACAAUAAAGCAAACUGUGUAUACAGAGGACUUGGUUCUUGUUGCUCCAUGAAUCGGAUUAAGAUAGUAUACUCCUACUUUUUGAAAUUACAUUACAUAUUCAGGGUGAGAAUGGUUGUCCUGACUAGUUUAUGUCUGUGUUCUGACAGACUUAACAAUUUGGACAAUGUAGAAUAUGUUUGUGUUGAUGUACUUGAAAGUUUAUCUAUAUAUCUGAUUAAACUGAAUUUGGAUUGUGAAA